AUGCUAGACCGCACAUUUGUCUGUGCCCAGUGUACAGCGCGAUUGUCUCAUCGCUCCACUCCACGGGUGAGAACAUCGGCGUUCUACUCAGUAUCUCGGCGUCUGAGCAGCCAUGCCGCCCCCGAUAGCCGCUCUCCCCGCAUUGCUAUUGUGGGCUCUGGACCAGCGGGAUUCUACGCGGCCGCACGCCUCCUAAGCAAAGAGCAAAGUGCCAUGGUUGACAUGUAUGAAAAACUUCCCGUACCAUUUGGGCUCGCUCGAUAUGGUGUAGCCCCGGACCAUCCCGAAGUGAAGAAUUGCGAAGACAAAUUCACAGAAGUCGCGACGUCUCCCCGCUUCAACUUCGUCGGUAAUAUCGACCUCGGGAAUGACCUGCCCCUCGCCGCGCUUAAGCCACAUUACGAUGCUAUUCUCUUCGCGUACGGAGCUUCAAAGGACAAAGAACUGGAGAUCCCUGGAGAACAAGCUCUUCGCAGUGUUUACUCGGCCCGUGCCUUUGUGGGGUGGUACAAUGGUUUACCGGAACAUCGGGAUCUACAGCCGGACCUGACUAGCGGCGAAGAUGCUGUUAUUGUCGGACAAGGAAAUGUGGCCCUCGAUGUGGCUAGAAUUCUUCUGUCGGGUGUAGAUGCGCUCAAGAAUACCGACAUAGCGGAUUAUGCCCUGGAAACACUAUCCAGAAGCAAAAUCAAACGCGUGCGAGUGGUUGGUCGCCGAGGACCCCUCCAGGCUUCGUUCACUAUCAAAGAAGUGCGUGAACUCCUUCAGCUUCCUUCUGUCUCCUUUGACCCGAUCCCGAAAGAUGUCUUCCCUCCCGAGGAAGUGAUCAAUGGCCUACCCCGCGCGCAGAAGCGAUUGAUGCAACUCCUUGGUAAAGGCUCCGCCAAUGAUCCCCAGACGGCGACCAAAUCUUGGUCGCUGGACUUUCUUCUCUCGCCCGACUCACUCCACUGGUCUCCUAUUCACCCUUACCAUCUCUCACAUACCAAAUUCUCUCGCAAUGAGCUCGACCCUGCCGACCCCCACAGCCCGAGCGCUAAGGUAUCUCCCAAAUAUCUAUCAAGUGGAAAGCUAGCUAUGGUCAAUCUCUCUUCGAGCGUUUUUUUCCGUAGUGUGGGUUACAAAUCCCUGCCCCUGCCUGGCCUCGAGGAUCUGGGUAUUCAGUUUGAUGCCAAGCGUGGUGUAAUUCCCAAUGACGGGUUUGGUCGAGUCAAAGGUCGUUCAGGAGAUGGCGAGCCCCGGGAAUUACCGGACGGCUCGUUAAUAUCCUCUCUACCUGGCUUAUACUGCGCCGGAUGGGUCAAGCGCGGCCCGACCGGAGUGAUUGCCUCGACGAUGACAGAUGCCUUUACCACGGCAGACACUCUGAUCCAAGAUCUGGCUAGCCACAGCAGCUCGGGAACCUUACUCAAUACUCCUGAAAAUAGUAGCGGUCUGGGAUGGGACGGGGUCAAGCCGGAGGCUGCACGCCUUGGUCUUCGCCCGACGUCUUGGCAAGACUGGCAACGCAUCGAUGCUGUUGAGCGGGAGCGUGGGCAGCAAAAGGGUAAGGCUCGGGAUAAGUUUGGUCGAGUGGAAGAUAUGUUGGAGGUGAUUGACUGA